AUGUCUUUGGCGGACGUCUUCACCUUUGCACCCGCCACGGGUCAUGUCUUCUCCACGAGUGAGCGUGUCGCGCUUGCGACGUCGAUCCCACUCUUGAUGGAGAAGAGCAAGCGGCGCACGAUGCUGGUGUGGGGAAAGGUGUACGGCUUUAAAAAUGACUACAUAAUUGUGCAGGCCUUUGACGACGACCUUGUGGCGCAACCGGUCAUUUACUAUUCCGUCGAUGGGGGUCUCUCCUUUGUGUUUCUCGGAACGACGGAGUCGCUGAUGCAGCGCACCAUGGACGAAGUUGUGAAUGAGAAGCAGAAGAAGAUGUUGAUGUACAGAAUGCGUGGACCAUUUAUGGGUGACCCCUCGUAUGAGUAUCGGGUUGUGGACGAGCUGACGGGAAGCACCUCCAGCUACAAGGAAUCCCUGCGUCUUGUGCUGUUCAUUGAUGCGCACGACUUUCACUGCCGCGUCGCACCGCGUGGGGCGUACUACCGUGAGCUCCGCAACGCCACGCUCCCGCCGGAGAUCAAACGCAACGCCGCCUUCACAGGACUAAAGCGUUCCCACGAGGAGGCACUCUCGCUGCGGAACUACUACCACUUGCGCGCACAUAACCCAUACAUUGAGUUCAUUGCGAAAGCCGAGGGGUCGCUGUUGCAUGCAAAGUCUGGGCUGGAGCGGCUUGAGGAGGAUCAAAACCUCGACGCCAUUUUUUUCCCUAUCAGUGACGAUCUUCCGGGGGGAGUCUGGCGUCUACGGUACGACCCGGUGCAUAACGUUGUCCUCGGGAGAAACGUAAGGUUUGUAGGAUCGAUCUUUUAUCAUGUACCGGAGACAAACAAGUACGGCACCAUCUAUAUUGGGGACGGCAACAUCAACCACGACAUUGCCUUUGAAUUGUGA